UAAUUUUCGUUGAAUAUGAGUCAGUGUAUUUAUGUAAGCAUGUAUAUAUAAUCUAUUUGAUGGCUAUAUAAGUUAAAAAACAGUACUAUCACUGCCAUCUAGUAAUGCUGUAAAUACCAGUCUCAAUUGAUAUAGUAGAAUGCGACAUUAAAAUGGUCAGGCAACUCUAGCCUUGGAAUUGUAUGACAUAAAAAUGCAUUGCGUGAAUUAGUCCUAUACGCCUAUACACCGUUUAGGUUAGUAUAUGUAACAACUUAUAAUUCAUUUCAGAUAACAGACGAUACAUAAUAAUAACUCACAGUUGCGAAAGAGAAGUACGGAGAGGAAAGACAGGUGACAAAUGUCAAGUGUAGUUUUGACUGCGCCACAAAUGAUAUGGUUGUCGGUAAGGUCGAUCUUCUGCAUAGGCAUAAAUGCAUAGAUGAUGGCGAGUCGUAAAAAUGUAAGGCGUCAUGUCGGACAGGUCAUGUCUUCUUCGUCAUCUUCGUCUUCCGAAGAAGAGGUAACAACGGGACGUCAAAAUUGGAGUAAGAAGUUGGAAGAAAAUUUUAUUAGAAAUCGUACUGACACGGAAUCUCAAACAGGACAAGAUACAUCAAGAAAUGAUGAAGAUCCUUUUAGCUUGAGACACUUUUUACGAACAAAUUACCACAAUGCUGGAGCUCGUCCAAAGAUUUAUUCUCCUGCAAAUCCAAAUCCAUUUAACUUAGAGAAGGAUUCUGCAGUUUAUCCACGAAAUCCAACUGAAUUACCAGACUUUGUGCAAGAUCAUUUGGGCAUAGAACAAUAUUACUUGAAUCAGGAACAAAAACAACAACCUAUUUCAGAUGUAGAUAAUCUUCCUGAUUUUGCAUUAAAUAGUGUAGAGCAGAGACAGGGUCGACUUAGAAAUGAGUCAAAGAAAAGUGAAUCUAAUGCAUUGUGUGAUCCUUCAGUUGGAAGAGGGUUACCUCGUAGGAUUAAAUCAAAACCAAAUAUAAAUUCUGCCCAUUUAAAUUUACCUGGCUUUGCUAGAUCUAGUGUAGAUUCUACUAAACAUCCAGAAUCAUCAGGUAGGUUUCCAUUAGAUUUACCAAUACCUGUGUCUGAGUCUCAUCCUGGUUCAACUAUUAGUCCAAGAGAUUGUCCUGGAACAAGCGAAGCAAAUAUUCCAAAAUCUUUACCAGACUUUUUAAAUGAUGGCCCUAUUCAUAAUAGAACAACACUGUCAACAGAGUGUGGAUCUAUUCCAAAUAACAUAGAAUCAACAGAAAGAAGGUUACUAUUAGAAAAUGAAAGAUUACGUUAUGAGUUAGAAUUGGCCCAAAAACAAAUCAGUGAGAAGUCAGAAAGAAUUCAGUUACUAGAAUCAAAAUUGGCAUCUUGGAGAGCAGUAGAACAUGAAGAAACAGUUCAUCUUGAAAAAGCUAUGGAACAAGUGGAAGAUAAUCUAAAACGUAGUACGAGAAGAGCAGUAAAUGCUGAAAGUACUGUUUCAUCGUUAAAAAAGGAAAUUAAGUCUUUAACGACAGAACUAUCGAUGCUACGAUUAGAAAAUACAGAACUCAAAGCUGGGAUUAUAGCAGGAAAUACAAACGAAUGUAGCUCUCCAAAUGUGGAUCAGAGAGUAAAACGACUUGCUAGUGAUUUGAGAAAUGCUGCUUCCUCAGCCGAGAUAUCAUUGAGGCAAUUAAUGUCAGGCGUGGACAAUUUAAGAGUACUAGCUUCUGCACUUGAGAAUGUGGAUAGGAUACAAGACCGGACCAAAGAUUUUCUACCGGAUUUUGACGAAGACAAUGCUGCUGGUCCUGCACUUUAAUACAUUUUUAUGUACCUUUUUCCUGUAUACCACCCUUAUUUUACUUCCACAUUUCCCAGCCUGUGCUAAUUAGUUCCUAGAAUUCACGUAUUUAAGUGAAAUAAUAAAGUUUGUUAAAUUCGUAAACAUGAUGUUUAAAUCAUGUCUUUUUAGACUUUUAUAUGUUGAUUAUUGUUUUAGAAAUUUCAAGUUACAUAACAAUCAUCCUUCUACAACAACUGUAUAUUGCUAAUUCUACUUAGCAAUGUAUACCGUUUCAAAUGUCAUUUUAACCUUUAGUAACAAGUGUGAGUAAAAUAAUAGCUUAAAUUGAUUGCGAUACGGUUCCAAACGAAAAAAUUAAGGAUUUUAACUUUUAUAUGUACAUUUUGAUGUAAAGCCAUAAAGUAAAGCACUGGUUGGGAUUUUAGUUAUAAUUCGAACACAGUUGUUAAAAAAAAAAACAAUAUUUUAAUAGUUAUUGUAACAAUGUUACUUGUACAGUUUCUGAUUACAUGUUCCAUUUCUUUGUAAAUGUUGAAACAUUCAACUGAACAGUUAGAUUUUGAAGUAGACCAGAUCUUCUAUGUAUUUUUCUAUUUAAGGGGAGAUGUAUUCCCCUUAAACAAGGUUGUAAUUAUACAAACUGAGGAACAAAUAUGUUUUUCUAAACAGUAUAGUAACAAUAUAUCUUAUACAAAAAAUCAGGUUCUCAAAAAGUUGCCUUUGUAUGUGACAUGUGAAAGAUUUCAAAUAUUUAAAUCUAGAAGUUACGUCUAUUUACAUGUAUUAAAAGAUAAAUUGCAUUGAACAUUUCUAAAACCCAUAUUCUAAUACUAUAAUAAAAUAUUUUAUAUCUUCAUACUAUAUAUU